GUGAGUCAGGCGGCCCGGCCCGAGGCCCGCGAGUCCUCUCCGGGGCGUCGAAACUUAUCUUCGCUUGUAAAAACUCGUUUUGGGUGAAAACGAAGAGGGCGUUUGGCAUCUUGCUCGGUUUGCUUCCUGGUGGUCGGCCAGCUCUGUUCUUAAGACAUUUUAGCCAUGACUAAGAGAGAGGCAGAGGAGCUGAUAGAAAUAGAAAUUGAUGGAACUGAGAAACAGGAAUGCACUGAAGAGAGCAUCGUAGAGCAAACCUACACCACAGCAGAAUUUGUGAGUCAAGCUAUUGACAUCAAUGAACCAAUUGGAAAUCUUAAGAAGUUGCUGGAACCCAGACUGCAGUGUUCCUUGGAUGCACAUGAAAUUUGCCUGCAAGAUAUCCAGCUGGACCCAGAUCGAAGCCUUUUUGAUCAAGGAGUAAAAACAGAUGGAACAGUGCAACUCAGUGUGCAAGUAAUAUCUAGGCAAGGGAUAGAGCCCAAGUUAAACAUCCUUGAAAUUGUGAAGCCUGUGGAGACUGUGGAGGUAGUGAUUGAUCCAGAUGCUCAUCAUGCAGAGGCUGAAGCUCACCUUGUUGAGGAAGCUCAAGUGAUAACCUUGGAUGGAACAAAACAUAUUACAACAAUUUCGGAUGAAACCUCUGAACAAGUGACACGAUGGGCUGCAGCGUUGGAAGGCUACCGAAAGGAGCAGGAGCGCCUUGGAAUACCCUAUGACCCAGUGCAGUGGUCGACAGACCAGGUGCUCCACUGGGUGGUGUGGGUGAUGAAGGAGUUCAGCAUGACUGAUAUUGACCUAAACGCGCUCAGCAUUCCUGGGCGGGAGCUCUGCAGCCUCAGUCAAGAAGACUUCUUCCAGCGCGUCCCGCGGGGAGAAAUCCUUUGGAGCCAUUUGGAGCUUCUUCGAAAGUAUGUGUUGGCUAGCCAAGAACACUCUGGAGAAAUAGCAACUGUUACUAUUGAUCAGCCUGUGCAGAUUAUUCCAGCAUCUGUACAGCCUGCUACCCCAACCACCAUUAAAGUCAUAAACAGCAGUGCAAAGGCAGCUAAAGUACAGAGAGCUCCAAGGAUCUCUGGGGAAGAUAGAAGCUCCCCUGGGAACAGAACAGGAAACAAUGGCCAGAUCCAGUUGUGGCAGUUUUUGUUAGAACUUCUCACUGACAAAGAUGCUCGGGACUGUAUUUCUUGGGUUGGUGAUGAAGGAGAGUUUAAACUGAAUCAACCUGAACUGGUUGCGCAGAAAUGGGGACAGCGCAAAAACAAACCCACGAUGAACUAUGAGAAGCUUAGUCGGGCUUUGAGGUAUUACUAUGAUGGAGACAUGAUCUGCAAAGUUCAAGGCAAGAGGUUUGUGUAUAAAUUUGUCUGCGACUUGAAAACUCUCAUCGGAUACAGUGCAGCAGAGUUGAACCGGUUGGUCACAGAAUGCGAGCAGAAGAAACUGGCCAAGAUGCAGCUCCAUGGCAUUGCACAGCCGGUCACAGCAGUGGCGCUAGCUACAGCAUCCCUGCAAACGGAGAAAGAUAAUUAAGCACUAGGACCUGAAAGCGGGAGCCUGAGGCCUUUCCUAUAUAGCCAGAGCAGUUGCUGCUCUUACCUUUGUCAGAAUUUGAAACUUCUUUUGUUUCUUGACAGUACAACAUAGAGCAUGAUUUUCUAUAAAGAACUGGGACUCGCAUAAAUUUGGAUCUUUUAACAGCAUAUAUUUCAAUAUAUGUUAAGGGGUCACCACAACUUCUGCACCUUUGAGUCAGGGCCUCUAUGGUAUGCAGUCUGAAAUUGGUGAGAAAGGGUGAACUGGUCAGCGUUCUGUGUCUGCAGCUGUACAAAGUAAUUCUUGCAGGGCUUGUAACAAAAAUGAAGAACCUACAGCACGCAGGCUGAUCAGUUGUCUCAACUCAGUCCUUUCCAGUCUCUUGUUCUCUGCUGGACUACCAAAUGGCAUUUGAUGCUUUCAAAGUUAAACGUGUUCAUUAUUCUCAUUUAAUCAAGCAGAGCGGAAAGACACAUUAAAUGUUACCAAGCAUCAGGUUCUUAAAAUAGCUUCUGUGUUUAUAAGCAAAGUAAACUAAGACAAGGCUGAACUGAAGAUCAGUGCUGAAGAAGGAGAUCCAGGUUUAGAUCUGGCUUAGGUGAAAAGCCAAUUAUGAGUAUUUCAUUGUAAUAUGUAGAUAAUAUGAUAUAUGAGGGCAAGUACUUACCUGUUUUGAAAGGCAUUGUUAAUGCUAGCCAUUUAGCAAAAAGUGAAGACAAACUUCUUCCCCUGCUACCACCCCCCCCAUCAGGUGAUUUGAAAACUUGGGAAAAAAAUAGCCCUUGCCCAAAGAGCAGUCUGUUUUGGUGGGGGCUUUUAACGCUCUCUUCUACAAGGUGCUUAUUACGUGCAUGGUAGUCAACCUUAGUAACUGAAGACUUAAGUUAAUCACAGUCCAUAGUCCCUGUUUAGAAACAAAAUGCAAGCUGAAAAUAGUUUUACAGAGGACUGAAGUUUGAUUUCCAAAUUAUUGUACAGUCUGACAUAUAUUAAAAUACAAAGGUGUAUUUUUUAUUUAAAAUUAAUUUCUUUCUCAACUUCCGAGGGAUGUUUUUGAAGCUUCGUAAGCCAAAUGCAUGCUCCAGAGCUGGGUGUGAUUUGAAGCCUGGAUGAUGAAUAGAAAUAGUUGGAAUGUACCUUGAAUUCUGAGCUACAGAGAGUACUUCCUGCAACAUUAUACGUGCAGUAAAAAGUAGGCUGCAACUUUUGAGUUUCUGUACUGAUGCCUAUUAGACCAUUUCUUUUGAUGGCUGAAAACCGUGCGAUUUGGGGGUUGCUUUUGCCCCUUGCUAUUGUUAAACAGUGUAAAUAUUAUGUCACCAUGCAUAUUUUCCAACUGUUUAUAGUGAAACCCCCUCUGGUAACACUUAAUGCAGGCGUGUAAGGGAAGACCUUUAAUUCUGUGGGGGAUCGAGCUACUCUUAACCCUUAAAUCAAAAACGCUUGUACAGUGAGGUUCUAAACAUAAAAUGUGUCUAUAUGGAGUAGCAAGAGCACUGGACUGUUGCCCUUGAUCUGCAAAGGAGUGGCCUUGCCUGCAGGCAGAGGGCAAAGAACACAGAAGACUCGUGUUUCUUUCAAAGAUGCGUUGAGGACAGAGCUUUUUGUUUCUCGGUGGAUGUUCAUCUGCAGAUAGUUUUUGCUUAACUAGAAAUCUUGCGUGUCGUUCUAGCCUACUUUUUUCAUCAUCACCAUGAUUAUAAUUUUUCUUUUGCCAGAUUCUUUCAGUAACUCUUAAUAUUGUUUUUAUUCUUGAGCUCUGAAAGCACUCCAUCUACUGAGCAUGCUGCAUUUAUUUUGUUUUUUUA